UUUCACCCACAACGUCGCGCGCGGACUCGGUUGUCAGGCAGUGGACUCGUCUGACCGGCUCUGCGCGGCCCCGAGAGAGCACCGACAACCCGAACCGGAACCGUACAGCGUCACCGCAGCCGCGUGGGCGCGGGAGAGCCGCCGCGCGGCAUCGAACGUUAGCGGGGAGCUAACGGAGCAACAUGGAGGCGUUUCUGCGGAGCAGCAGGAGCGCCAUGAGGGAGGACGUGGACCAGCCCAGUCCAGGGUUUCAUGUGGUUCUUGGGAACGAGGCCUGUGAUGUGGACUCCAUGGUGUCUGCUUUGGCCUUCGCCUAUUUCCUGUCCAAGACGGCACACAGUGACACGGUCACUCUGCCGCUGCUCAACAUCCCUCAGUCGGAGCUGGUGCUGCGUUCGGACAACGUCUUUCUGCUGCGUCAGGCCGGUUUGUCUCCAGAACUUCUGAUCUUCAGGGACCAGUUGGACCUGCGGGCUCUAGAGCGGGCUGGCCGCCUGCGGCUGACGCUGGUCGACCACAACGUCCUUCCCAGUUCCGACUCUUACCUGGAGGAGGCUGUUGUUGAGGUAAUUGACCAUCACCUCCUAGAGAGAGAACCCAACCCCACCUGUUCUGUUACCGUGGAGAUGGUGGGAUCCUGUGCUACCUUGGUAACUGAGCACAUCAUCCAGAAAGCCCCUGAGAUACUGGACCAACAGCUUGCUCAGCUGCUCUAUGCAGCCAUGGUGCUGGACUGCGUCAACAUGGAUCCUGCUGCAGGUAAAGUCACUCCUAAAGACAGUCAGUACGCCGCGGCGCUGGAGAGGCGCUUCCCCACUCUGCCACCAAGGGGAGCUCUUUUCCAGUCUCUGCAAAACGCAAAGUUUGACGUUUCAGGUCUGAACACGGAGCAGAUGAUUCUAAAGGACAUGAAGGUGGUUUCAGAAACUUUUAACGUUGCCAUCUCUGUUCUAUACAUCACCCUGGAGGAGUUUUUCCAGAGGGUGGGGCUGGAGGCGGAGCUUUCCAGUUGCUGUCAGAAGUUUGGCUUUGAUCUGUUGAUUUUGAUGACAAUCUCCUUCACUGAGAGCAGAGAACCAAUCAGAGAGCUGGCUGUCUUCAGCCAGAGCUCCAGGUGCAGAGAGCAGGUAUGCCAGUUCCUGGAGCAGAGCUGUAGCCCCGCCCUGGACCUCCGUCCAAUCAGCACUCCCCUUCCUCACAUCUCCGCUUAUCAUCAAGGAAAUAGGCUGGCAUCUCGGAAGAAGCUCCUCCCCCUGGUGAAAGCCUUUCUGAAGGAGCAGAGUGGAGACAGGUGCCCGGGCCCAGGUGAGGAGGAGGAGUCUGAUGUUCCUCCCACUCCCAUGAACAGUCUGGUGGAGGGCUGUCCUCUGAAUGAAGGUCUGCCUCAAAUCAGCGCUCAAGACCUGCAGGAAAAGUUCAGCAAGCUGGAGGGUGUUGACCUUUGACCUGUCAGAAGGUUAGUGAGGGCUGCGGUGAAGUUUGUCUUGUCACAAACAGAUGCUUCAGAAAGAAAACGAUGACAAUCACAGACCUUCUGACCUUUACUCACGCAUGAGCAGACAGUCGAGUUUCACAUCGAUAGAAGAGACUGAGGUUUGAACUUCACUAAGAUUCUCUGUCAAAUAAACAAGAACCAAAUCA